UCCUCCCACUCCCCACCAGGGCAGGCCACCACUCUCUCCUGCUCAUACCAUCAAACCAACACGCGCGCUCGCAGGUGGUGGGGUGAUAGAGACCAAGUACUGUGCUUCCUUCCACCAUGAUGUCGCCCGCCGAGUCCGAGACCAGCUGCUUCUUCCUCCCGGACCACCACGGGGAGGAGCAGCAGCAGCAGCCCUUCACCGAGCAGGAGCAGCUCUGCUACGUUCACUGCAACUUCUGCGACACCAUCCUCGUGGUCGGCGUGCCGUGCAGCAGCCUCUACACCACCGUCGCCGUCCGGUGCGGCCACUGCGCCAACCUGCUGUCCGUCAACCUCCGGAACCUCCUGCUCCCGCCUGCCCCCAACCAGCUCCCCUUCGGCCACCCGCCGCUCCUCUCCCCGACCUCGCCGGCAUCACCUCACAGCCUCCUCGACGAGAUGUCGUCGUUCCAAGCGCCCUCCAGCCUGCUCACCGACCAGCCCAGCCCCAACGUCAGCAGCAUCACCAGCAGCAGCAACAACUGCGCCGUCAACACGCAGGCCAUGUCCUCCAUGAUGCCGCCGCCCAAGAAGCCCGCGCAGAGGGAGCCGCAGCAGCGGAGGAGCGUCUCAUCAUCGGCGGCCAAGAAUCCAGAGAAGCGUCAGAGAGUUCCAUCCGCGUACAACAGAUUCAUCAAAGACGAGAUACAGCGUAUCAAGGCCAACAAUCCAGACAUCACCCACAGGGAAGCUUUCAGCGCAGCUGCCAAGAAUUGGGCUCAUUUCCCGCACAUCCACUUCGGUCUGAUGCCCGACCAGGGCCUGAGGAAGACCGGCAUCCAAAUCCAGGACGGACCUGGCGGGGACUGCAUGUUCUUCAAGGACGGUCUCUACGCAGCGGCCGCCGCCGCAGCGGCAUCUAGCAUGGGCGUCACUCCCUUUUAACGUCCGCCAUAAAAUAUAAUUCCUUUGAUUUAGAUUCUAGCUAGGAUGCUGUAGGAUCAUGAGAUCAUGAGAUGUAUUGUAUCUACUAUUACUCUUCUAGCUUUCCUUGUUUCUUCCUGUCUUAAUUUGUUCCUUCGCUAGCUGGUCAUAUUCGCUUUGUCAGCCAAGGAGGUCGCUGCGUUUAGCGCGUCUUAUCUCAUGGACAAAAUUCUAGUUGGCGCACAUCAUCGGUUUAGUUGGCUAAGUAAUCAUAAUUGCUAUAUUUGGCUUU